AAUCUUUGACAGACUAGUUCAGUCUGCUUUAAUGCAAUCGCCGCGCUGUAAGGUAAGGAAGAUACCAGCGGGCGGCUGUACACUCAUAAAUGGGAGGGUACAAACCACACUGGCAAGGACCAUAACGUACAGGGUAUCAACACAGUCCGCAGAUCACAGAGGCUCCUCUUUCUUGAACUUGGGAGACAGAAACAGAAGGUUUUGGUCCCUGCUGUAUUUUAAUGUGGGUUUCAAGAUGUCAACAGAAACUUUAAACAAGAAGACAACAAUUGAGCUGAGAAAGAGACACAUUGGGCCAUCCUGCAAAGUUUUCUUCAGCCAUGAUCCCAUUAAGAUAGUCCGUGCAAAGGGCCAGUACAUGUAUGAUGAGAGGGGAGAGAGAUACCUGGACUGCAUCAAUAAUGUUGCUCAUGUGGGGCACAGUCAUCCUGAUGUAGUGAGAGCUGGUGCCAAACAAAUGGAGCUCCUGAACACUAAUUCCCGAUUCCUGCAUGACCACCUUGUCCAGUAUGCCCAGCGGCUCGUAGCCACCCUGCCAGACAAACUCUCGGUUUGCUAUUUUGUGAAUUCGGGUUCAGAAGCUAAUGACCUGGCUCUUCGUCUGGCAAGGCAGUACACGAGGCACAAUGACAUCAUCACUCUGGACCAUGCAUAUCAUGGCCAUGUUUCAUCCCUCAUUGAUAUCAGCCCAUAUAAGUUUCAGCAGCUAGGAGAGCAUCAGAAAAAGGAUUUUGUCUAUGUGGUAAGUAUUGCAUUAGUAGGAAAAUACCGGGAAGAUCAUCCUGACCCUGCCACUGCUUAUGCUGAUGAUGUCAGAGACAUUAUUUGUGAUGCCCACAGGAAAGGACAUAAGAUUGCUGCUUUUAUUGCGGAAUCCCUGCAGAGUUGUGGAGGUCAGGUUAUUCCUCCAAAAGGCUACUUCCAGAAAGUGGCACAGCACGUGCGGCAAGCAGGUGGGGUGGUUAUUACAGAUGAGGUGCAGGUCGGCUUCGGGCGUGUUGGAAAGCACUUCUGGGCCUUCCAGCUUCAAGGGGAAGACUUCAUUCCAGACAUUGUCACCAUGGGGAAGCCCAUUGGCAAUGGACAUCCCAUGUCUUGUGUGGUCACAACAAGGGAAAUCGCAGAAGCUUUCAUGUCAUCUGGGAUGGAAUACUUCAACACGUUUGGAGGCAACCCAGUUUCUUGUGCAAUUGGGUUAGCUGUGCUUGAUGUUAUUGAGAAAGAGGAUCUCCAAGGUAAUGCUGACAGGGUGGGGAAGUACCUGACUGACCUACUCAACCAGCAGAAAGAAAAGCAUCCGCUUAUAGGAGACAUCAGGGGUGUUGGUUUGUUCAUCGGUGUGGACUUGGUGAAGGACCGAAUAAAGAGGACCCCAGCCACAGCUGAAGCACAGGACGUGAUCUACAGGCUUAAAGAACAUAAUAUCUUGCUAAGUGCUGAUGGCCCUCAUAGGAAUGUUCUGAAAUUCAAGCCACCAAUGUGCUUCUCUGAAGAGGAUGCCAAGUUUGUGGUGAUUAACAUAGAUGCAAUUCUCACAGACAUUGAAGAAACAAUCAGACAACAAAUUGACCACUGCAGCACAACUAACUGUGAAAAUGGUACCAACAAAAGAAGGAUGCCAUUCAGCAUCAGCGAACACACUAGUGAAGGAUCUGAGCAUCAGGACUGUGUGAAUGGAGGACAUUUGAAUGGAUCUGCAGGCAGUCAAGACAUCUCAUUUUCCCCUGAUGCAAUGCCUAAGAAAAGAUUAAGAACAUAACGCAAUCACCUAUUACCUUGUAAACAUAUUUUUCUAAGAGAUAUUUUGAGAAUCAUGGAGCAUUAACUAUAAAAUCUAUGGAAUAAGAUGUGUGGUUCAGGUUAAUUAUGCAGAAACAAUUAUAGGUCUAAUAAAAAAUGAUUAUUACAUACAGUAUGUCAUUUUAAAACUUUUGGAAUUUUGGGUAAGAUGUUAUGUUCUUAUAUUCUUAAAAUACCAUUUGCCUUAUGUAACUUUUAUACCAGAACAAAAACACUAUCUCAUGUAUUUUUAUUUCUAAGACUAAUUGUAAGAAGCAUAACAUCAUUUAAGUGGGAGGCUCUGAAAAUACCUUUAAAGAUAUGUAGAGCCUGAUUGUUAAGUAUAGUACCUAAAUGAUUGGGAGACCUUGAGAGGGAGAAAGAAAACCCUUUUAAAUGUGUUCUUUGUAGGUGUUACAAAUGCAUCUAUGUUAUGUCUAUAUGUUAAACCUCUGCUGGGAAUAUAAAAUUCAAUCUGCUGAUUGUCUGGAUAAGUCUUGAAGUGCAUAUUGUGCCAUUAUGUGUUUGUGUUGGAAAACUGUCCUCACUCAACUUGAAUGGUUCUGUUACUGCUCUUUUCCAGUGUUGGGCUCUGUAAGAGCAGUCUGGACUUUUAUACUGCCUGUGAUGUUCCUAAUUGUCUGGGGCAAAAUGUGAUGACUUGUCUGGUAGCACAUGGUAAUUAACGCUGCCAUGCCCAUGUAUACGAUUCCCACUGUUCAGGGUAGGUAAUUAAUAAUUAACCUGUCUCUAUUGUUUUUUCUCUUGCUUU